CUCUUGGCCUGCUUGCUCUCAUCAUACUUNGAAGCCCAUUUCUUCACUGACAUUAGAACCUACUUCUUCAGGAUUCUGGUACAUAUCACAGAACACCUGAGACUUNGAACUUUGUGGACUAAAUCAACUUAAACUACAAAACAACCUCCAGCAGAAAUGUCAGGGUACAUAGAAGCCACAGGGUGGGGAUACACACAUGUCAGUGUUCACAACUUCUGCCACAAGUGGACCAUUAGCAACUUUUCAUUUUGCAUGGAUGGAAGUAGGGAAAAGAUUACAAGCCCAAACUUCUCAGUGGAGGUCAGUGACAAAGUAGAAUGGUGUUUGAGGGUACACCCAAAUGGAAUUGAUGAAGAAAGCAAAGAUUACCUGUCAAUUUACCUGGGGUUACUCCACUGUCAAAGAGCCCAGUUUGGGCAAAGUACGAGUUCUGGAUCAUAAAUUCCCAAGGAAAGAAUUAUCUAAGUAUGAAGAGCACAAAUGUCCUUAGGUUUCAAAAAAACCAAUACAGUGGAUUCAAAAAGUUUAUCUUACGAGAUUUCCUCCUCUCCAAUCCACCUUGGCUCCUCCCUGAAGACCAGCUUACCCUCUGCUGCAAGGUGAGCAUAGUAGGAGCCUUCUUUAACACACCUGGACAGAACAUAACACCUGCAAUCACAGAUCCAAGACACAUGUUGGCAGAUGGCCUAGGCGAGCUGUGGGAGAAUUCCCUGCUCACAGUCUGCUGCCUAUUUGUAGCUGGCCAAAAAUUCAGGGCUCACAAGGCCAUCCUAGCAGCUCCCUCUCCAGUUUUCAGAGCCAUGUUUGAACAUGAAAUGAAGGAGAGACUAACAAACCGUGUUGAAAUCGAAGACCUGGAUCCCGAAGUCUUCAAGGAGAUGAUGGGCUUCAUUUACACUGGGAAGGUGCCAAACCUCCACAGUCACACCAUGGCCUGUGAUGUGCUGGCAGCUGCUGACAGGUAUGGCAUGGAGGCCUUGAUGGUCAUAUGUGAGGAUGCCCUCUCCAGGAACCUCUCUGUGGAGAAAGCUUCACACACUCUCAUCCUGGCUGACUUCCAUUGCAGAAAGCAUCUGAAGACUAAGGCCCUGGAUUUCAUUGCACGUCAUGCUUCUGAGGUCUCUGAGACCUCAGAGUGGAAGUCCAUGGAGGAGUCACAUCCCCACUUGGUGGCUGAAGCAUUCCACUUCCUGGCUUCUGCACAGUUUUCUUGGAACCCUCACUCAAACACCUAAAAUGAGUUUAGGGGAUGGACAGCUAUAACCAACAUCUGUCUUCCAACAGCUGUAACCAGUGUUGUUACCACUGAUUUCUGGCUAGAGUACAGUAUUGCUGGAACAUUUAUAGUGAAUCUGGGACAAGGCAGCAUGGUGGCUCAGGAUUUAAAACAGCUGUUACAUGUUCAAAUCGUGGGUGGGGGAUGGGCAGCACUGGAGUCUGGGACAAGCUCCUUGGCAUCUACUCUGUUAAUGUUCUCGUAUGAUUUUUGUCUGGAGACUUGGAAACUGGGGUUUAAUUUAGGUUCUGGCCCUAAGCUUAGACAAACCCAAGUUUCUUCAAAGAAACUUGUCUGCAUUGGACUAUGUAAAGAGAUGACUGGGGCCCAGAGCAAAAGAUAAAUCAACCACAAA